UGUUGUGUGUGUGAGCGGUGUGUGUGAAGCUGAAUGCUGUAGAUCAGCAGGUUUAUCCCGCAGCGUCGCUGUUUUUACUGUUAUUAAUAAUAAUAAUUCGCGUAUUAGUGCUGCUCCUCUCUGUAUCAUUACUCUUAUUAAUAAUCCCGCCAUGGCCUCGCGCUCGUCCUCGCCGGACUCUGACGGUUCGGAGCUUCAGGAGGAAUUCGAGAGUGCAGCGGACCGGGUCAGAGAACUGGUCCAAACAGCACCCAGAGACAAGCUGCUCUACCUGUACGCCAGGUACAAACAGGCUAAAGUUGGAAAGUGUGACACACCCAAACCAGGAUUCUUCGAUUUCGAGGGUCAGAGAAAAUGGACGGCGUGGAAGGAUCUGGGGGAUAUGAGUAAAGAACAGGCUAUGCAAGAAUAUGUGUCGUGUGUAAAUGAGCUGGAUCCAGAAGGGAGCGCUAAGUGUUCAGAGCGAAGAGGAUCACAUAAAACCACUUUUGGAGGAGCAGCAGUUAGCUGUCUGUACCAGGAAGAAGAGACAAUCAGGGAAGAAGAUAAGAACAUAUUUGACUUCUGUCGAGAGAACAACAUCGAGCAGGUCAGCAGAGCUCUCAGCGCCAAGACAGCCGACGUCAACACCAAGGACGAGGAGGGUCGGGCUCUUUUACACUGGGCGUGUGACAGAGGGCAUAAAGAGCUGGUAUCACUUUUACUGAGCAACAACGCUGACAUCAACUGCCAGGAUGAUGAGGGGCAGACACCGCUGCACUACGCAUCAGCCUGUGAGUUUGCUGAGAUAGUGGAGCUGCUGCUGGAGGCCGGGGCUGACCCAUCCAUAAAAGACAGUGAAGGUUCUCUGCCGGAGGAAGUGACCGAGUCCAGCUCCAUCUCGUCCCUCCUGCGGCAGUACACGGCCCCCAAAGGAUAAAACGCAACAUACACCCCGCCCUUAUACCCCUAAACCCCGCCCCCUAAACUCUGAACCCCUGGACCCAGCCAAAUCACUUUCCACACCUCCUGGAGUCUCCACCAGAGUCCAGAACCGCUUCCAUCGGCAGAUCCACAGCGGAACGAGUGACCCAUUCUGACUGACCUUCAGAGAGGAACCGGCCAGAGUUGAAGAAAAUCACUUGAUCGUCAUGUUCUAGAUAAUGAAAUGCUGUAGAGACUGUUCUUCUCUUUCUUGUUCUUGAUGGAGGAAACUUCGAUUGACAUACACACAUGGGUUUAGGGUUAAAAAAUUACAAUUAUGUCCAGGUUUUGGCUUAAGGGUUAGCAAAUUAUUUAAAAAUAAAGGGGCUUCAAAGGGUUUAAGUAACGCCGUAGACCACAGGGCUGUGUUCCAAUCUGUGCUCUCUUCACUAUACCCUACAGUACAUGUGAAAUCCAGAACAUAGUUUAGAGCACAAUUAAAGGGGCCGAUUUUGAACACCACAAUUUGUGUCAUUAACAAUCUGAGUGUCGAAUAUUUUCAGAGAAGCUGUGCAUGAAUCUUCAAACCAAACAAACAAUGCAAGGGAUUAUGGGUAUUCCAAGUCUUAUAGACUGCAUUGUUUGUACACUUUACAUUAGGGAACAUUGCGGUUUGUUAAAGUGCACUGAAUAUUUGGUAUCACGUUUUAGAACACCACUACUUUAAAAGUGAAAGCCCUAAGUAGUGCACUACAUAGUGAACAGAUGCGAUUUUAAUAGAUAAGAUAAGAUAAGAUUUUCAAAUCUGGACCUUGAGUGUUUUUACCUGUGCGCGAAAUUAAAGAACCUAUAGAUUGGUAAAGAAUCAUUAUUCAUUAUACAUGAAGGUUCUUUAAAUUAAUCAAAUAAAGUUUCCAGUCCUGGAUUUUGUUCUCACUGGAAGUUAGUCCAGGAUCGAAAACUGGAUUCAAGAUCUGUCAUAGAAGAACCAUGUUUAAUUCCUUAAAGAACCAUUUUUCUAAAAUAAAUCUUAAAGUGAAAAGGACCUCUCAUUUCAAAGAACGGUUGGUUAUAGUGAAGGUGUGGUUAUCUCAGGGUGUGAUUGGAGAUAACCACACCUUCAAUAGUGAGUGAACAAUCUUUAAUCCUUUGAAUGGUUAUUUUUUUACUUCUUACUUAAAAUGUUUCUUUAGAGAAUUAUGGUAGAACUUUGCAGUCCUUGAAAGCUAUCAUAUUAACACAUCAGCUAAAGAUUUUAUUAACUUAAAGAACAUUCAUAUUUAAUUAAUAUUUUUUACCAAUCUAUAGGUUCUUCACUUUUACACACAGUCCAAGUUCAAGGUCCAGAUUAGAAUACUUGUACCAUAGAAGAACCACAUUUGGUUUCUCGAAGAACCAUUUAAUAGAGAUGUGUGGUAAGAACAUUUAUUUAUUUAAAGGAAUAAUUAGUUUAAGUGAAGGUUCUUUAACAAAAGGUUCUGUUACAAAAAUGGAUCUUCAUGGAACCAAAUGGGAAUUUUCUAUGGUAGAGGGAACACAAUCCAGAAUCGAACAUAUUUCACUUUCACACACGGUCCUGGGCUUAGGAGAGGAGAACCACAUAGGAGAACCAUAUUUGGUUUUGCACAGAACCGUUUUUAAUUGAGAUGUGUUGUAAGAACGUGUAUUUAUUUAAAAGAAUAAUUGUUUUAAGUGAAGGUUCUUUAAUUUUUUAAAGAUAUUCUUCACUUUCACACAUUUCUGUUACAAAAAUUGAUCUUAAUGGAAUCAAAUGUGAUUCUUCUAUGGUAGAGGUCCUUGAAUCCAGUUUCCAGUUGGAUUCCAGUAGCAAUUAAAUCAGCUAAUCCAGCAACUUCUAAUGAGAACACGAUCCAGAAUCGUAGUGUAAACAUAUUUCACUUUUACAUGCACUCCUUUCCUGGGCAGGACUAUGGAUUUGAAGGUCUGAAUUGGAACAACUCUACCAUAGAAGAACCACAUUUGGUUCCAUGAAGAAGUAUUUUUAAUACAGAUGUGUGGUAAGAUUACAUUGACCAAAAAUCGUUAAUAAUAGUAAUAGUUCUUAAAACCUUCAAAAGGUUCUUCACUUUUACUUACCAUAUUUUUUGCACUAUAAGGCACACUGGAUUUUAAGCCGCAUUAUAUGCGACACUAGUAAGGAACAGGGGUGUCGCCAUGUUUUCAUUCUAAUUCAGCAAGUCUCGCUGCUGGAUGGCCAGACCUGUGAAGCUAAGCUAAGUAAACAAAACUGUAAUUCAUAGCCUCUGUUUAUUUACAGUAGGCUUAGAUUUUCCAGGUUUCCAUGUAAGCUGGGUGCAGCCAUAUUAUUAUUAGCAGCUAACCACUAGCGCUAGCCACGGUUACCAGCUAAUGGCACCCAACAACGCUACACUGAGGAACCCUGAUUCUGAUAUUCUGGUGAGCCAGGGUGAUAUUAGCUAGCGGUUCGUCCCAUGUAGCUGGUUUUAACACGUUGAGUGUUAUAGUGCAAAAAAUAUGGUAAAUCUACAAAAAUGGUUCUUCUGGAACCAAAUCUGGUUCUACUAUGGUAGAGUUCCUUAAAUCUAGACCCUAAAUCGAGAAUCCAUUCCUGUACUUUGUUGCUAGGUUGGUGUGACACUAUGUGGCCAUUUAGCUGUUCCAAUAAUUUCCAGUAAAACACAAUCCAGGAAAAUCAAUUGAAGAUCCAGAUUUUAUAAUCUGGGUUCUGUGGCAUCACUCAAAGAACCCUUUGUAGAACCUACAAUUUUAAAACGUGUAUUGUGUAGAUUCUGAAGUACUGUAAGUAACGGGACAUGUAUGGACAAUGAAAACGGUUUAAUUAAUAUUUGCUGACAUUCCUUUUUUUUUUUUUAGUAAAUGGUUAUAUUCCCAGAAUCAGAAUUACAGAGUUAAGCUGGAUACCUUAAACUUAAACUUGAGAUUAUCCAAUCAGAACAUCUGUAAGCUUUCUGCUGUUCUCUCGGGUUAUUCUGAUCAUUCUGCUUGUUUUAAGCAUCAUUUCUGUAAACAGGGACAUUAUCUGAAGUUUCUCUACAUAAAAGUACUGAGAUAUAAUUUUUUUUUUCUUAGAAAUUGAUUUUUUUUUUUUUUGGAUGUAAAGAAUCUUUAAAAUGUUUAAAGAACCCUUUAAAGGUUCUUCACACCCACACACUCUUUUACAAUCAGAAAUGUUUUUUUGUAUAUGGCAUCAUUUGGACCGGCGAUGGCCCUGUGUAGAGUGUAUAUCAGUUCUUUAUUUCUUUUUUUUUUUUUUUUUUUUUUUUAUUUAUUCUUUAUUUUCGAUCUUUAAUUGAAAUUCUGUUCUGUUAAAUAUUUCCCUAAGGUUCGGUUGACAUUCUGUCAUCACUCGCUCUGUCUGGCUGUGGAUCUUUCAGUCAAAUAUAAAACACUUCCGACUUCAGUCCGGAUUAUCCGGAAGAAUGUGAAAUUGUUAUUAUUAUUAAAAUCUUGGCAUCUUA